AUGUGCGAAAAGACCUUUGCACAAAUAGAGUCCAGCCACAAGACCCUAAAGCGUAUGGAGAGGGGCGCUUCCUUCCCCAAUAAUGACGGCAUAACUGAAAUUGCGAAACCUCAGGAAGCUAGUGGAGGAAGGAACACCGAAAUUAGAUCUUCGGAUCACACGGCCGUCAACCUGGCGACGGAAAUGGGAAUAGCCACCAAACCUGAAGGCAAGCCGAAGCCUUUCUUACGCCAGAGUGGCGGCCACUCCACCACCUCCAAAACCCAACCACACGCUUAUAGUGUCAUUCGACAGACCCGAAAAAAAACCGGGGGAGAAACGUCAUUGACAUUAUACGGGAAGCCCUCUGGACACAAAAACAACGGGUGCCAGGGUGGAAAGGGUGAGGAAGGGAAGGCGCGUAAUCAAAAAAUCGUCCUGAGCUGCGGGAGCAAACAUGACUUGGAACCUAACAAUGUCGUAUGUGGCAAAAUGGCUGAAAAA